AUGGCACAACAGCCCCCUGCAACAGCAGCCACUGCUGUCAGCUCCAGUAAUACAAGCUCAAGGCCCGAAUCCGCCGCCGCCAAUCAGCCGCCGUCGUCUCCUCCACAUCGGAGCUAUUUUGGGUCGGCUGAGCCGUCUUCGUCAACAGCUGCUGCUGCUGCUGCAGUCUCAACAACAACUCAAUCAAUACUCGACGACAUCGACACGAGCAGCAAGGCCAACACGCCGCGCGUUCCACACUCGCACUCCUCCUCGUUUGAGGCCGACGACGAGCGAUCCGCCACUGGCGGCCGACGCUCUUUUCCAUCCACGGCCACAAACAGCAUCCACGAAGGCGCCGCAGCGCAACGCCUCUACAGACACCGCGACAGCGACAACAGCAGUGACUACCAUCCUGGUGAGCCGUUUCGAAUGGCGACUGGAGCAGGUGGCGGUGCCGGUGGUGCCGGUGGUGAUGGUAGCGAGAAUUCCCGACGGCCGCGGCGGCCUUCGCGGCCUUCGCGCCGUCGUGGUCACAGACAUGCCGGAUCUGACGUCGCUGCGGCCUACGCCAGCGAAGACAACCGGCCGACGAGCAACAAGGAGAUCUUGGGCUGGUACAUGUAUGCCUUUGCCUCGGAGACCUACGUUAUAUGUGCAAUCGCCUCUUUUAUUCCCAUCCUCCUCGAGAGUCUCGCCCGCGAAAAUGGCGUCCUUCUCUCCGACCGCACAACCCCUUGCCAAGCGAGCAAUGCACACCCCGCCUCCUCACCUGCGUCGUCGCUAAUGUCCGCGCUUCUGGCUCGUGGCAGCGACGCAGCCGACUCGCAGUGCGUUGUCUAUGUCCUGGGGAUUGAAAUCAAUACGGCCAGCUUUGCCAUGUACACGUUUAGUGUCAGCGUCCUGCUUCAGGCCCUCAUUGUUGUCAGCAUUAGCUGCGCUGCCGAUCACGGCAACUACCGCAAGACUCUGCUCCUUGCAUUCGCCUGGACGGGCAGCGUCUCUGUCAUGCUCUACCUUGCCGUGUCCGCCAAGGUCUACAUCUUUGGUGCCUUGCUGGCCAUCAUCUCCAACACCUCCUUUGGUGCCUCUUUUGUGCUGCUCAACUCGUUCUUGCCUCUGCUGGUGCGACACCACCCGUCACUUCUAUUUGAGCCUGCCCACGACGAUGACCGGCCGCGCCAGAUCCUGCUAGUCGAUGAAGAGCUGGAGGACCAUGCCGCCAAUGCGCACAAUGAUCCCCAUGACGAACACGACGGCCACGACGACCACGAUGACCACGACGACUCCAUAGUCGGUGGAGAUGAUGCGUCGGCCGCUCUGUUGGGCAACGGCACAUCCAGUGGUCCAUCCCCGCUGCGGUCGUCGUCUUCUUCCGGCGGGCCUGAAAACACUGAGAACAAACGAACGCACGAGGAGCUGACAUCGCUCGAGUUGUCACUUUCGACGCAAAUUUCGUCCAAGGGCAUUGGUAUUGGCUACUGCGCCGCGCUCUUUGUCCAAUGCAUCGCCAUCCUCAUUGUCUUUAAAAUGCACAACACGCUCUGGUCUCAACGUAUUGUUCUCUUCUUUAUUGGUUUCUGGUGGGCCUUCUUCACCAUCCCGGCCGCCAUGUGGCUGCGACCCCGGCCCGGCCCCCCACUGCCGGACGCUGCCCUGAGCAGCAUCCGCAACACGGACAGUCGUGCCUGGGCCUGGGUGCGGUCCUGGCUUGCGUAUCUGGGCUACGCAUGGGCCUCGCUGUUCCGCACCAUCCGCUUGGCCCGCCGCCUCAUCGACAUUGUCCUGUUCUUGGCGGGUUGGUUCCUCCUCUCGGACGCCAUCGCCACGACCUCGUCGACGGCUGUGCUUUUCGCCAAGACCCAGCUGCAUAUGGAGGUCUGGGCUCUCGGCCUCAUCAAUGUCAUCAGCACCAUCACGGGUGUCAUCGGCGCCUUCUCCUGGGCCUUUGUCUCCCGCCGCCUGGGCCUGAAGCCCCUGCACACCAUCCUCGCCUGCCUUGCGCUCUUUGAGCUCAUUCCCAUCUAUGGGCUGGCCGGCUACCUGCCCUUUGUGCGCAGCUGGGGCGUCGGUGGGCUGCAGCAGCCUUGGGAAAUGUACCCGCUCGCCGCCAUCUAUGGCUUGGUCCUGGGCGGCCUCAGCAGCUACUGCCGCUCGCUCUACGGCGAGCUGAUCCCGCCCGGGUCCGAAGCCGCGUUUUACGCUCUCUACGCCAUCACCGACAAGGGCUCCAGCGUGUUCGGACCGGCCAUUGUCGGUGCCAUCAUUGAUGCCUCGGGCGAAAUUCGCCCUGCCUUUUGGUUCCUGGCCUGCCUCGUCGGUCUGCCGGCGCCCCUUUUGUAUUGCGUCAAUGUCGAGCGCGGCAAGCGCGAGGGCGAGCGUCUGGCGGCCAUCAUAGAGGGAUACAAUAGCACUGGCAGCGGUGACGACGACGACAAUGGCAACCACGAUGAGCAGGACACCGACGACAACCACACGCCGCGGGCGAUUCUGGGCGACUACGAGGACGAAGACGAUGUCGAGGCUAGGCGUUGA